AUCAACCAUCUUAAAAAGUCUUGAGUGACAGCCAAACCAAAUCGAUCUCACAGCAGAGAGAGACAAAUAAUAACAAGAGAGAGAAAGAGAAUACAAAACCACACUAUAAACAGAAACCAAGAACACUGUCACAAAUGUAACCACACUUCAAAUUCAACACAUUUCUUCUUUUGCCUAUUCUCCAAGUCCAAACUCCAACCCUGCAUCAUUUCACACCAUCCUCUUAACUUCGUCCUCUUUUCCUUUCCCGUUACUUAUUAUUUAAUAAUAGAAAGUAGCAUAGUAACUGUUUCUUGCUCGCUGGGUUUUCGUAAUCUACAUUCAUUCAAGUUGCUAGCUUCUGCCAAAUCCUCGUGCAUUUAAGACCCUAAACUCUAAAAGCUGAGUGAAGGGUAGCAGAAAAAGUAUAUCUUUAAGGCUCUGCAAAUUGGAGAUUGUAAUUAUGAAACUUUACCUGAGUGAGUGGUAAAAAAAGCCGCAAGAACUGCCUCAUAAGGUGGUGCCAUUCUGUUGUUUUCCUCAUCUCAGAAGGAAAAACGAGAUAAGCCAGCUGCUUUGGAAGGAGUUACAAGGAACCUACACCUACCCUCAUCUUGAACUCCCUUUUCAGUUAUAAAUUAUCAAUCCCUUUCAUCUCAAACCAACAUUGCCUGACUUUCAUCUUGUCUUGUCUUCUUACAUAAUUUGAUUGAAAAAAAAAAUGCUACCCCAGAAGCAAGCUGAAGAAGCCAUGAUGUCAAGCCUCAGCCAAACCAUUGAGCAUGAGGAGGGAGAGGAAGUCAAAGGGGAUACCUCACAUUUUAGCUUGAAAAAUAUUCUCUGGCAUGGUGGUUCUGCCUAUGAUGCUUGGUUCAGCUGUGCCUCAAAUCAGGUUGCUCAGGUUCUGUUGACUCUGCCUUACUCAUUCUCUCAGCUGGGAAUGGUUUCAGGAAUCAUAUUCCAAGUCUUCUAUGGCUUGCUUGGGAGUUAUACUGCUUAUUUAAUUAGCAUUCUGUACAUUGAGUACAGGAGCCGGAAAGAGAAAGAGAAUGUCAGCUUCAAAAACCAUGUCAUUCAGUGGUUUGAAGUGCUGGAAGGCUUGCUGGGUCCAUACUGGAAAGCUAUUGGAUUGGCCUUCAAUUGCACUUUUCUCCUCUUUGGAUCUGUCAUCCAGCUUAUAGCUUGUGCAAGUAACAUAUACUAUAUAAAUGACCACUUGGACAAGAGGACUUGGACCUACAUUUUUGGGGCAUGUUGUGCUACAACAGUGUUCAUUCCAUCAUUCCACAACUACAGGAUCUGGUCCUUCCUUGGCCUUGGCAUGACCACCUACACUGCUUGGUAUUUGACCAUCGCAGCCCUUGUUCAUGGCCAGGUUGAAAAUGUGACGCAUUCGGCCCCAAACAAGAUGGUUUUAUAUUUCACAGGCGCAACCAACAUACUCUACACUUUCGGCGGGCACGCCGUCACAGUGGAAAUCAUGCAUGCAAUGUGGAAGCCCCAGAAGUUCAAAUAUAUAUACUUUUAUGCAACAAUUUAUGUGUUCACCCUCACUCUACCAUCUGCUAUUUCCGUUUACUGGGCCUUUGGUGACCAACUUUUGGAUCACUCCAAUGCCUUCUCUCUCCUCCCUCGCUCUGGUUGGCGUGACACUGGUGUCAUCCUUAUGCUUAUUCACCAGUUCAUCACAUUUGGGUUUGCUUGUACGCCACUGUAUUUCGUGUGGGAGAAAGUGAUAGGAAUGCAUGACACAAAGAGCAUAUGUUUGAGGGCACUAGCCAGGUUACCUGUGGUGAUACCAAUAUGGUUUUUGGCUAUUAUUUUCCCUUUCUUUGGCCCAAUUAAUUCUGCUGUGGGGGCCCUAUUGGUCAGUUUCACCGUUUACAUCAUCCCUGCUUCAGCCCAUAUGCUCACCUACAGAUCUGCCUCUGCAAGACAGAAUGCAGCGGAGAAAUUACCCUUCUUUAUUCCAAACUGGACGGUGAUGUAUGUGGUGAAUGCAUUUGUGGUGGUGUGGGUUCUGGUGGUGGGCUUUGGAUUUGGAGGGUGGGCCAGCAUGACAAAUUUCAUCAAACAGGUUGACACAUUCGGACUAUUUGCCAAGUGCUACCAGUGCCCCCAAAAAGUCCUUCCCUCCAAUCACACCUUGCAUCACUGAAAAGUGAAAACUAUGUAUGUAGGGUGCUCUAGUAUCCUAGUUUAAUCUCCUUAUAAACACAUAUUGUGAAUGCCGAUGUUCCCUUCUGUAGCAAGGCAAUACUGUUUUUGGAGAUGUAGUAUCCAUACAACAAUUUCUUAUAUAAUGCUUUCUAUAACUCUACUUUUUUUAUAUUAUUAAUCAUCAUAUUAUUCAUCUUA